UAUCAAGAAUCCCAGUUGGAUGUUUGUUAGUCCCCUGUGGAUAACAUAUCUGGUCGGUGACCAGAUGGUUUUCUUCACUCGCGUACACCCGCCGCCGGCUUUGCUGCCAGCAUCCCACCGUCUGCAACCCUGGCCGACGGUGUCUCCGACUUCAUCUUUCUCCAUAAACCCCCGACGUAUUAUUAUUCCUCUCCGGUUGCACGCCAAUCGCCGGUGGGACUCUAAUGCAGAGACAUUCAGAACAAGGAACUUUGACUUUGAUGAUGAUUUUGAAGAUGAAGAAGAUGAUGAUGAUGAUUCGAAUCAGUGGCUAGACAUUCUUGAGGACUUCAUUGACGGUGUGUGGAUUUUUAAGGCGUUCAGAUCAUUUGGAUGGAUGCUUCCUGCAAUAAUCUCAUCAUUGCUAUUGACAUCAGGACCAAAAGCAUUUCUCAUGGCAUUAGCUAUUCCGAUGGGCCAAUCCGCACUUUCUUUGUUGUUUCAAACCGUAUGGGGGAUGCCAAAAAUGAAAACAAGGCGACGAGGCAAGAGCAAGAGAAAACAACCGCCGCCGCGGCAGCCACCACGUGGUGCCAGUUAUAUGGAUAUAGACGACGAACAAGAAGAGUAUGUGGAAGGAGAAAGUAAGAGAGCAACAGGGUAUCAAACAUGGGUUGCAGGAGAUGGGUCAAGUGGUGACAAAACCAAUGGUUCAUCUUCAAGCUUUGGUGGUUGGGAAGAACUGGAUGGAAGAAAAACAAGAUCUAAUAAAGAUAGAAACCGAAAGCAAGCGAAGAGUAAAAUGAGCAGAAGAGUGAAAAGAAGUGAGACGCCGUUUCUUUUGAGGUUGUUGAUUGCGGUCUUCCCUUUUUUAGGUUCAUGGACUAAACUGUUAUAGCUUAUAAAACCAUAUAAACUUGCACAAAUGUAUUGAUAUUCAGUACUAUGCGCGAAUAAUAUACAUAACAGGGUUCAAAGUUGAUUUCAUUUGUCA